GAACACAUUCCUUCGAUCCUCUUCUACCCUUUUCGCAAUCACCAAAUCCAAAGCGGUCACGCCUCAAAUCAGCACCAAACAAAAGCAUAAUGCAGUUCUUCUACGCUCUUCUCUCUCUCCUGCCCCUUGCAGCUGCGAACGGCCGAGUUCGCUUCAACGCAUUCGACCACAUCAAUUGCCAAGGUUUCGAGGAAAAUUAUGACCUCAACCCUGCAACAGUAAAGGGCAACUUUCCAGGCCCCCGCGGAGCUAUUCAAAUAUUGCAAACUUCCCCAGGAUGCCACAUCACGCUCUACACCGGCUACAACCAGUCGCCAAACGACGGCAGCCGUCUCGCUAUCCCUACCGACAAUGCUAAUUGCUACUUUAAUGGCAAUGGGUUUGAGCAGUAUCAUAGCUUUGGAUAUUACUGCCCUUAGACUACCUUGAUAGGAUAGUUGUGAGUAACGAAAGUCGUUGAAGUAGCCGUACUAGUAGGCAACCAUAGCAACAGAUAGAUCAAUGGAAA